AUGAAUCAUCAAAGAUAAUUCCAAAGUUUGAGAAGUGUCCCAGAUGUCCAGGAAACUGAUGAAGUGGAAGAUCGAGUAUUUUAUCAGAUGGUAGGGACAACACAAUAAGAAUCCCAUUUAGUAGCAAAUAGUGAUCGCGCAUCUAUUGAAGAAUGGAUGAAAUUACAACAAAGUCUAAAAGAAGAGCAAUACAAAAUGAGAUAAGAAGAUGAACUAAAAAACAAAUUGUUAGAUGAAUUAAAGCAGGAAAGCAAGAAUUAUUACUAAACCUACAUAAAUGUAUUGAUGGAGAGCAAUAUGAAUCAAGAGCAUAAGACAUUGGAAGAAUCCACAUCAAGGUUAUUUAGGAAUGCAGAAACCAACGUUAAAUUGAUAUUUGAAAAACUAUCAAAUACAAAGGUAUGUUCUGCCAUAUUCCAACAUCACAAUAAUACAAUUCGAACUACAGAAAUCGAGACACUCAUAAGAACAUUCAUAAAUAGUAUCUAUGAUAACAUUGCGUGUGGAUCUAUGUGGAAAUAGCCAAUUUUGAAAUUAAUUAGUGAAAUAAUAACAACGGAAGUCAAUAGAUAAGAAUUUCCUGAAUUUUUGUGGGAUAGAGAAGAUACUUUGACUCAAUUUAUUAUGAAGGAAUUUACUAAAAGACCUGAAAAUGUCAAAUAUACUAAAGUUAUCUUCAAAAACUCUUUGAUUCAAAUCACAAAAGUUGAUAAGUUUCUUGAUUUAGACAAAAGGAAAAUUGCAGACAAAUUACGCGAAAUUAUGAAAGAAAAAGAUAAAAAAUAAAAAGAAGAAAAACAAUCAUUGAAUUCUUCUGCUUUUAUUGUUAAGCAAGUGCCCUUGAUGUUAAAUUCCUCUCAAAAAUUACCUCAAAGAUAAAUACCAAUCAUUACACCUAUCAGAAACAUAGAAAUGCCCUAAUAAAAUAUGACACUCUAUUAUGCAAAUUUAAUUAAAUAAUAUGAUCAAUCAAAGAAAUCUAAUAUCAAAAAUUCAAGAAGAAAUUAAAACCAAUUAGCUGAAUUUUCAUUAAAGGUGCUUCAAUUUGGAGAAGAAUAAAGGUAAGCCAAAUUCUUAACCAUGGAAAGGAGAAGUGUUGCUCCAAUUCAAGAAUCUCAGUCUGAAUCUCCUAUUCGAAAAUUAUCCAAAGUUUAUAGCCACAGCAAUAAAUCUGAUCAAUAUAUGAAUAAUGAAAUUAAUAGUGUAUUGAUUGCUUGUAUAGAUAAAUUUAAACAGCUUGUUAAUAAUAUCAUGGAAAACAUCUUUAAGAAUAUCUACCUAAUACCUUAAGGUAUUCGUAUCAUUUGCAAAAUGAUUCAAAUUACAAUCUUAAAAAAGUUUCCAGAUGCCACUGAAUAACAAAUCCAAGAAAAUAUCUUUAGCUUCUUAUUUAAUGUUUGGUUAAUACCUCAAUUAGUAUUUCCAAAAUAAUAUUCUUCUUUUAAAUAUAUUCGUGAAGAUCAUGAAAAUACAAUUUAGCAGAUUCAUACGAUUAUUAAAAAAAUGAUUAGGAACCAAAAGUAUAAUGAGGAUCCCCAAUACAAUAGAUUAAAUUAGUAUAUGUAAGAUUUGCAGCCUUCUCUUAAAGAUUAUCUUCAAGAGAUUUUAAAUUUAUGUCCUGAUUCUGUUAAUGCCAUAAUAAACGAUACGAAUAAAAUAGAUGGAAUACUGUCUAAUUGUGUUUGCAUAGCUUUAGAUGAAAUUAAAAGUCUCUGUUAAUUACUAUAGGAUAUGAAGACUUUCAAAACAGAAUCUUCAGAUCUUUAAAAAGUCAUUAAUUAACUUGUAAGUUUGGCCACAAGAACUUUGGAAAUUGAUAGACACGAAAACAUAUUUAGACAACAACACAAUCUAUAAGCUUAAUAAUAAAUUUAUGCUCUUAUUCUAAACUUCUCUAUUCCCAAUAAUAUUGUGUAUUAAGAGUAGGUGCAACCUUUGAAGAAGAUAAAAGAUGAAAAUUUGAGAAAUUAAAGGAAACUUAUAAAUGCUUUAAUGAAGUGUUUGAUAGAUAUUUAAGAUUUAGCUACGUCUACAUCCGGAAAUUAAGAAGAAGCUAGUCUUAAACGAGUACUUACUAAUUUCGUUGAUAAAUACACUUAUUUGGAUGACAAAAAAACUGUAUUCUAAAUUAAGUAUGUAUUGGAAUAGCUUAAGUUAUAAAGUCAAGGGGAAUUGUAAAGUAAUUUAAAAAAUAUUUACUAAAUUUUAAAUUAGGAAUUUCAAGAACGCUCAAUGAUGUUGACUGAACACAUUCAAUAAACGAAAUAUCAAUUAUUGAGUGCAAAGUAUAAUAUUAAGAAAAAUUAUGAAGUGAUGAGAGAGUCAUUUGAAUAAUUAAGCCAAGAGAAACGAUAAAAACAAUUAUAUGAAUUCAUUGAAAAGACUCCCUUGGCUUUAUGUGUCACAUCACCAAAAACAAGGGAAGGCUUAUUUUCAAUGAAGGCUCACAAACUCAGAAAUACUAACAACGAAGCUUUGGAUGAUCAGUAAAUUUGGGUAGAACAAUAGAGCGAGUGUAUUCACAAUGCAAUUAAUCUGGAAUUCAUUAAAUAAAUUGUUGGCGGUGCCAGUCCUAAUGACUAGAAAAAGAAUUCUGAAUUUUCGAAUUCUCAUUGUUCUGAUAUCAAAUAAUUUAUUGAAAACUUCUCCUCUCUUUAAGAAGUAAAGGAAGCAGUGAUUUCUGGAGAAGAUAAAGCUGGUGUGAAAAAUGCAUAUUUUGAAUUUAUAUAGGCUUUAGCAGCCUUUUUGAAAGGCAAGAAUGAAAUGAAAAUAGAUGAGAUCUAAAUGAUGGAUAUGCUUGAGAAGUAUGUCAGUAAGCGUGUUUAUGAUAAAGUCUAUCCAAAGGAGAGAACAUACAAAGACGCAGGUCUUUAUUUUAGAAUCAAAUCUUUGGAAUGGGUGGGCUAUGAUCAUUUAGAAAUAAUUAAAUAGAAUAGAGUAGAUGAAAUGUGGGAUUUAGCAGUUGAAGCUUUGUUGAACAUCGAUAAUUGCAAGACUGCUGUAAAUAAAUUAGAAGCCAUGAUUUAAUGUUCAAAAAUCAUGAAUGACGUUCUUAAAUUAACGUCAUUGAAAGAGGAGGCUACCUCUGCAGAUACUGUAUUACCAAUUCUUAUUUACAUUCUGAUUAAAGCUGCUCCCUAAAGAUUGCAUAGCAACUUAAACUUUGUUUCACUAUUUUUAGACAAAAGUAAAACUGUGAGUCAGUAAGGCUAUUGUUUGACUUAAUUACAAUUGGCCAUACAAUGGUUAGAAGAAGUAGAUCAUAAACUAUUGAAAAUGGAUUAGAUGAACUUCCUUGAAACAAUAACUAAAGCUGAGAUUAGAUAUGGUAUACAUUAUUUGAAGAGAAGAAAUAGAUCAGAGAGAAUUUCAAUGCCUUUAAAUAAAAUUUAAGCACUUAUCAAUUGA